AUGCACGAGUUCAUGUGCGAGAUAUUAGGCAACUGUCCAGAGGAGAUCGUGCAAUUGACACGAUUCGAUAAUUACCAACGCAAUCGCUCCGAGAUUUGGAUGCUGGAGGCAUUUGCUGGCUAUGAAGUUUCGAAGAUCAGCGUCAGCGGAGCCACAAGCCGAACGCAUAUGGAAAGACUUGGUCGUCUUCAAUCGUGGCUGCACGACCAUUCUACACGCUACACUACGCCUGAUACGGGCGAGAAAUAG